GUCUCCCCCUCGUGGGCUGCGCUGAAAGCCGCUGAUGGGGGGGUUCCUGCGGGGCCUCUGUCUUCUCCUGCCUGCUGUCUGCUCCCGUGGCGCCAGGAGGCCCCCCGCCGGCAGGAUGGUCCGGAUUGCCAGCGCGCUGGGUCUCGUCAUGUUCAGCGUGGCGCUGCUCAUCCUGUCCCUCAUCAGCUACGUGUCCAUCAAGAAGGACUUCCUGAUCAGCGCGCCCCGCUUCGGACCCAACGGAGGGCCCAGGAUGUACAUGUUCCACGCGGGGUUCCGCGAGAAGCCGCCUCGCAAACCUGACCUGAGCUCCCAGCUGGCUGUAAAGUAUCUGGAUCCGGAUUUCACGCCUCUGACCAACAUGCUGAGUGAGGAUCUGCAGAACUCCUCCAAAUGGCAGUACAACAGGACCGCUUUUAUACAGCAGAGGAACAAGAUCUCUCAGUACAUUGACAUCCCUCAUAACUUCACACUGACCCGAAGUUCAGUUCGCAUUGGACAGUUGAUGCACUAUGACUACUCCAGUCACAAGUAUGUCUUCUCCAUUGGUGACAACUUCCGCUCCCUCCUUCCAGAAGAGUCGCCGAUCCUCAACAAGCGAUACGACGUCUGUGCCGUGGUCGGCAACAGCGGCAUCCUGACCGGCUCGCGCUGCGGAGCCCAGAUCGAGAAGUUUGACUUCGUCUUCCGCUGCAACUUUGCUCCAACUGAGAUCUUUAAGAAGGACGUUGGGCGGCGGACCAACAUGACGACCUUUAACCCCAGCAUCCUGGAGAAGUACUACAACAACUUACUGACUGUGCAGGACAGAAACAACUUCUUCCUGAGCUUGAAGAAGCUCGACUCUGCCAUCCUGUGGAUCCCGGCGUUUUUCUUCCACACGUCGGCCACCGUCACGAGAACGCUUGUCGACUUUUUUGUGGAACAUCGAGGUCAGUUGAAGGUCCAGCUGGCCUGGCCCGGAAACAUCAUGCAGUACAUCAACAGUUACUGGAAGACCAAGCAGCUGUCUCCGAAGCGUCUGAGCACCGGCAUCCUGAUGUAUACUUUGGCGUCCUCCAUGUGUGACCAGAUCCACCUGUAUGGCUUCUGGCCCUUCGGCUGGGACCCCAACACGGGCAAAGAGCUGCCGUACCACUACUAUGACAGGAAGGGCACCAAGUUCACCACCAAGUGGCAGGAGUCGCACCAGCUCCCUGCUGAGUUCAAACUCCUUUAUAAGAUGCACACGGAGGGUCUGCUGAAGCUCACGCUAUCCCGCUGUGCUUAAGGCCGCCACCGGAGCUGCUGCUGGAGCCGCCGCCACAUGAGCCGCUGCUUUGUCCACUUCUUCAUCCCUCAUAUGGGACACAACCACUGAGGCACUUUUAUUGAAAUCUGGUGGAGUCGGACUCUGUGCUUCUUGUAGUUUGCUAAAUACGGCGCCCGUACACUCACGGUGCACGUGUACGGACAUUUUAGAGGUGUUUUAUAAAAGACGAGGAUUUAAUGUUUGUCUGCACGCAGGGGUAACAUAUUACACAACCAUGGAGAUGAU